GCUCUACACACCGGGUGUGCCUGUGGAGGCCAAAGACUGCGAGUAUUAGCACAGGCAAUGUCAGAGUGACUGACAAGCUGGGAUACAACCCAUCAUCAUCCGAUGACAGCGACUGCAGGAAUCUUCCCAGUCAAAGGACCCAUUUUCAUGAUAGACAGUGCCUGGGGCUGGAGGCUCUACACACCGGGUGUGCCUGUGGAGGCCAAAGACUGCACAGGUGAGGAUUUCCUUUCUGCCCACUCUGAAAAAGGUGAUGGAGAAGACAGAAUUGCGGGGGACAGGGCACCUUUCGUUUCAUUAGGAAUAGCCAUUAAAUGUGUGAAAUGUGGAAUAUGCUUCACUGAACGAGGACACAUAGUUCACAUCAACGAACACAAAAAGGAAAGAACCCAUUUAAGGGUAUGGAGUGCGGAAAGAGCUUCUCUUUCAAUGCAAGAGCUUCUCUUUCAAUGCAUACACCAGAGGACUCACACAGAGAGAAAAUCUUUUAAGUGCAGGGAGUGUGGGAAGAACUUCAGUCAGAGUGGAAACCUUAAAUUGCACAAACGGACUCACACAGGGGAGAAACCAUAUGAAUGUAUGGAGUGUGGAAAGAACUUUAAUAAUAGUGGAAGCCUUAGAAGACAUGAACGGACUCACACAGGGGAGAAACCAUUUAAAUGUAUCGAAUGUGGAAAGAGCUUUAGUGAAAAUGGAAGCCUUAGGAACCAUCAACGGACUCACACAGGGGAGAAACCAUUUAAAUGUAUGGAGUGCGGAAAGAGCUUCUCUUUCAAUGCAAAACUUAGAACACACCAGAGGACUCACACAGAGAGAAAACGUUUUAAGUGCAGGGAGUGUGGGAAGAACUUCAGUCAGAGUGGAAACCUUAAAUUGCACAAACGGACUCACACAGGGGAGAAACCAUAUGAAUGUAUGGAGUGUGGAAAGAACUUUAAUAAUAGUGGAAGCCUUAGAAGACAUGAACGGACUCACACAGGGGAGAAACCAUUUAAAUGUAUGGAGUGUGGAAAGGACUUCAGUCAGAAUGGACACCUUAGAUCCCAUCAACAGACUCACACAGGGGAGAAACUAUUUAAAUGCAUUGAGUGUGGAAAGAGCUUCAGUCGGAGUGGAGAGCUUAGAUCACAUCAACAGACUCACACAGGGGAGAAACCAUAUGAAUGUAUGGAGUGUGGGAAAAGCUUCAGUUGGAGUGCACACCUUAGAAAUCAUCAACGGACACACACAGGGGAGAAACCAUAUGAAUGUAUGGAGUGUGGGAAAAGCUUCAGUUGGAGUGCACACCUUAGAAAUCAUCAACGGACACACACAGGGGAGAAACCAUAUGAAUGUAUCGAGUGUGGAAAGAGCUUUAGUGAUAAUGGAAACCUUAGAAGACAUGAACGGACUCACACAGGGGAGAAACCAUUUAAAUGUAUGGAGUGUGGAAAGAGCUUCCGUUGUAAUACAAGCCUUAGAUCACAUCAACGGACUCAUACAGGGGAGAAACCAUUUACAUGUCUGGAGUGUGGAAAGAGCUUCAGUCGGAGUACACACCAUAGAAGACAUCAACAGACUCACACAGGGGAGAAACCAUAUGAAUAUAUGGAGUGUGGGAAAAGCUUCAGUUGGAGUGCACACCUUAGAAAUCAUCAACGGACACACACAGGGGAGAAACCAUAUGAAUGUAUGGAGUGUGGGAAAAGCUUCAGUCGGAGUGCAGACCUUAGAAAUCAUCAACGGACACACACAGGGGAGAAACCAUAUAAAUGUAACGAGUGUGGAAAGAGCUUUAGUGAUAAUGGAAACCUUAGGAAACAUCAACGGACUCACACAGGGGAGAAACCAUUUAAAUGUGUGGAGUGUGGGAAGUGCUUCAGUUUCAGUGCAAACCUUAGACAACAUCAAUGGACUCACACAGGAGAGAAACCAUUUAAAUGUAUGGAGUGUGGAAAGAACUUCAGUCAGAGUGGAAAUCUUAGAAAACAUCGGCGGACUCACACAGGGGAGAAACCAUAUAAAUGUAUCGAGUGUGGAAAAAGCUUUAGUGAUAGUGGAAGCCUUAGGAGACAUCAAUGGACUCACACAGAAGAGAAACCAUUUAAAGGUAUGGACUGUGGAAGGAGCUUCAGUCAGAGUGGAACCCUUGAUUUUUGUCAACAAACUCAUACAAAAGACAAACCAUAUAAAUAUCAGGAAAGUAGAUAGAGGUUCACUCUUAGUGGAAGUUCAGGAUCAACAGACUCACGGACAGGAAGAACUUUAAGAGUUGAAACCCUUCAAACCAUCAACAAACUCAGGAGAAGCAGUUUGAAUGAAAAGACUACAGAAAGUGCUUUCUUUAUAAUGGAGUAUUUAAGGAACAGGGACGUGGAUGGCGCUGUGGGUUAAACCACAGAGCCUAGGACUUGCCGAUCAGAAGGUCGGCAGUUCGAAUCCCCA